CUCUUUCCAACAAUGUAAUCCGUUGAUACGCAAGUAAUAUUAAAACGAAAGGUGUUUCCUACUGAUACAUAGACAGCCGGGUAAAUGUCAUUCACUAAAAAAGCUAUUAGUAAUAUUCCCAGAAUAAUUGUGCAUGUCAGGCAAAUUCCUGAAACACUGACAAAGGCACCAUUAGAAACGAUUUCAUUUAAAGAAAUUGUUAAUCGCUUUCAGUUCUAUGAGAAAAAAUGAACAUCCCACCGAAUCAGUUUGGUUGACUUCGGUUGUAGCUUCCUUAACUCACCAGCAGAGGUGGUGAUACCAAAUCGACGUGCAAUUGCUUCUGUCUGUUGACACUGGAUUCUCAUUUACCUUACAAAAUCUGUUUUUGAAAUUAAUGCCAAUGGAUCAUCUAAGCAAUGCAAUAUUUACAACACAUUUUGAUUUAUCUGAUUUUAUUUGAUUUAUAUAUUUAAUAAUCCACAUCAUCUCUCUGGGUCGAGUCGACAUGUGGUUGGUAGAGUCUUUUUCUUGCUGUGUGUUGUUUAUUUUUAGCUGACAGCUCGCCAGCUGUAUUAGGAGGCAAGGGUAAGCUAGCUAACUUGGUUGUUCUGAUUGAAGGUGUUAAUGUUAGCUAUAAAUAAUCAUACGAUGUAAAACUCAGAUUUGUGCUAGCUAUAAUAAAGUGAAUGAAUUUGCCUGCUCAGUGGUCUUCAGUUUGUCUCGCAUGCUAGUCAUGCGAAUGUCAGAAAUAGGCUACAGUAAAUAUGACCUAAUUUUGCCCCACACACGAAUUCUUUAGUUAGAUAACUGCUGUAAAGUACUACGUUAGGGUUCAUGUAAACCGUGUCUUCUUUGAGACUUGUCAGUUUGGAUCCGUUAGUCAGUCAGCUUAUAAUCUAUAACCUAAUACUAAGGAGGGAUUCUGGACCUGUGGAUGUCACAAGUCAUUGAUUUGAUGGUGUCCAACUAGAGCUAGCUAAAGCUAUGUCUGUGACCUCUCUCCUGCGAAGUGCCAUGAGACUGGGAAACAGACAUCUGAACAGACAUUGGGUUCAGCAGAGAACCCUCUCAGGGGCAGAUGCUAUCAAUGCACUUAGGCCCUUUUACUUUGCUGUCCACCCAGACUUCUUUGGCCAGCAUCCCAGAGAAAGGGAAGUGAAUGAAAAUUCCCUCAAGAGGCUCAAUGGUUAUUUGGAAAGUCUUCAGAAACCUGGGACCCGCUCUGUCAAACCGACAAAGCUCACCUUUUAUGUCAGGGAAACAAAGGAGAAGAUUGAAUAUCAGCAAGACAUCAUUCCGUCUGGGUUCCGUUCAGUCAGCUUCACUCUGCAGACCAAAGAUGUCCUGAGCACUGUGAUGGAUGUUCUCCUGUCCUGCAGUCUGUCAAUAGAGCACAUGAAGGAACUGAAGGCCAGCCCAGCAGAGUCACCCCAGGGCCGGGAACCAGUGGCCGGGUCUGGGAAUCCUUUCUACAGGCCCAUCAAGUGGGACAAAACCUACUACAGCUUCACUGGCUUCAGAGACCCAGAACAGGAGCUGGAGCAGGCCAUGAGAGUAGAGCCCACACUCGGCUUGUGGCUGAGAAACAAUGAGAAGGACGCCGUGAAGAAGCAGAAGGCAAGUCUCCCGCGACGAGAAGAGUUGAAGAGACUCAAGAAGGAAUUGUGUCAGAAAUUUGCCUUAGAAGAUAUCAGAUGGCAGCGCAGCUGGGGAAUCACUCACCGAUGCUGCCAGCUCCAGAGCCUGAGCCGACUCUCCCAGCAAAGCCCUGAGGCUGUGCUCAACCUCCGAGGACACACAAUAUUAUUCACUGACCAAUCAGGGAUGAAUGCGUCAGGACAUGUGAUGCUGGGAACAAUGGACGUUCAUCACCAAUGGACCAAACUAUUUGAGCGGCUGCCUAGCUACCGCAGCCUCCACCAGCAGACGGAGACUCUGAAGGAGAGGAUCAGCCACGUACUGGGGGGGAUCCAAGUCAUCCACGUAGACAGACUGGGCUCUAUAGAGGAACACUACAGCAUCCUGAAAAGCUUUCAUCAGAGACUGCUGCCGAGACGGCUGGCCCUACACCCCAGGAGUCUGCAGGGCCUGGUCAUGACCGUGGAGAAUGACCGCUCCAGCCCCGGUCUCCACGAGAUGGGCCACUUCAUCAUCCCGACGACCUGCGAGCCCAGAGUGCUACAGGCCUUCCUACAGAGCCGGGCCGACGAGGCCCGAAAACGCAUCAGACGCAGUAACCAGCUCCGGGUGGAGGAAGAAGAAGUUCUGCUCCGCUGCCUGGAGGCUCUAGCCCUGAGGAGCCUCUCCAAGGAGCCCAGCGUCAGUCACACCCAGAUGAUUCCCUGCUGCAGGCGGCUCCUGGAGGAGCGUUCACCUCUCAUGGAGGGUCUCCGGGUGGAGGUGUCCCACUUCUACUCUGUCAUGCAGGACGGAGACCUGUGCAUCCCCUGGGACUGGAAGGGAUGAGGGGUGGACGGGACGCUUCGCAGCCAGCUUGGUUUAACUGAAUGCUGUGCUCACCAUGUGGACCUCCAGGCUAUGCUAUUGCCGCCAGACAGACACGCCAGCCAACUGACUCACAGGGUCAAGCACUUUAUCCUUCUGCAGGAGAGGUCAGACAAAUAGACAGAUACCCUUUUCAUGGACCGGCUUGGAUGUUUGCUUUUUACAUUGUCCUUUCCAGCACGGUUUAAAGAAACCACGAUGAAUAAGUAACCAGGCCCAGUUGUGUGGAAAGGGUUAACCUGGACAGUGCAUAGGGUUAGUAUUAUGAGCCCCCACCAAGGCCUGUUUUCUUGAACUCAACCAGUGUUCAAGACAAUAUCGUAUGUGUGGACAGAAAAUAACACGGUUUUACUGUAUUAUUUCUAGUGUUAUUUUGGCCUGUGGAAGGAGUUCAUGAUAAUGAGAUCACGAGAUCACCAUUUCACCUGGGGUGAUAUUUCUGAAGUAAUCCCCCAAGACUACAAAUAUAACAUUUAUUCAAAUGUUGCACUUGAAUUUAAAUUCUACAGAAACAGACAUUGCCUUUCUUUUUUUUUUUAAAGAAAGUAAACAUAAAAUGUAAAAAACCAAUGCCUCAGCAUCAAAGUGUCUCAAACAAUGACUGCAGGAUUAGAACUCUCCACUAGAUGGAGCUCUCUCAUUAGACUCAUUGUUUGUAUUGA